AUGCCUCCGGAAUACCAUCCGAACAUACCCAGCGGCCCCAGCCCCAAUCGCCACCCUCGCACAUUGAGCGAAGAUCUGUCUUACCUCCAUCUAGGUGGCAGCAUUCCGAAAGUUGUUAUUGGCGAUGAGCACAACCCUGCGCUUGACGCUAUUCAUGGGAACCAGGGCCUCGAUAACGUUCCAAAAGAACGCCCAGCAGCACCUAGCGAACAGACCAGUGUCGGGAACCGAAACCCACCAAUCCGCUCGACAGACCAGGCCCAAAGUCCCCCCAGCGCUUACACUGGAGUACCACUAGAUGAGCUUCUUCGGAGCCAUUACCAGCCCCAUCCUCACCCUGAAGUAACGGAAGGAUACCUCCCGACUGGCCUUUUGGAGGAACUUGUUGGUCCUGAAGCGGUGAAACAAGAACUUACAGAGGCUUUGGACGAUGACUCCGAUAUAAACCGCAUUGCUCAAAGGGGCAUUCAAGGAAGCGAGGCCCAAUAUCGAAAGUUUGAUGAUCGAGUCAUACUCCCCUUGACAUACCAAUCUGACCCCAACGACGAUGGAGCAACUGGUGGAUUCAGUGAAGUAUUUAAGGUCAAGUUGCAUCCCCGCCAUCACGACUUCAGUCAAAACGGGGCAGAUUGCUUUUUUGCUCUGAAGAGACUUCGAUCCACAGAUACGGCAGCCUUCCAGCGAGAACUUCAGAUGUUGCGGAAAUUUGAAAGCGAAAACGCCCAUGAACACUUGAUUUCACUGCUCACAACUUGGAGUCAGAAAGGUUUCUUUUACUUUCUUUUCCCAUGGGCCGAGUGUGAUUUGGUCAAGUACUGGGAAAUCCAUAGUGAACCAGACAUGGGCGAAGACCUCGUCCGUUGGGUUGCGAGGCAGACUGCUGGCAUGGCUGCCGGCCUUGCCAGGAUCCAUGAGUACCCAGGAAAGGUCGAUGGCAACACUGAGAAUGCGGUGAAGUACGGUCGCCAUGGAGAUAUAAAGCCCGAUAAUAUUCUCUGGUUUCGAAGUUCGAUGGGUGAUCCUGGAAGGCUCGUGAUAUCGGACUUCGGACUUGGCGUUUUUAACAGCAAGAGAAGUCGAUCUAACAUUCCCAACAACUCUGGCAUAGGGCGAACGCCUACUUACCGGCCCCCGGAAUGCGAUAUUGAGGGUGCUAUGAUCUCACGAUCUUGGGACAUUUGGACUCUGGGAUGCGUCUAUGUCGAAUUCGUUACGUGGCUGUUGGGUGGAUGGGAGCUGUCGGAAGAUUUUGCCGAAUACCGAAUGACGAGAUCAUCGAUAUGGGGCCAGGAGUUCAAGUCCGAUAUUUACUUCGACAUUGUACAAGUUGUGCGUAUUGCAUCCGAUGACGACACCUCCUUGAGAACCGUCACCAGACAGAAGCCCGGACUGAUGAAUCGUAGUGGUUUGACGGGCUUCAUAAUCAUCGAGAUUGUACUCAGUACACCCAUGAUCUUCUAA